AUGAUUGGCAACUACACGCAAACUUUAUGGGGUAGUGUACACGCGAAAAAAUUGUACAAUGGGAUUACGGAGGCGAUUUGUCCCUUCAUUGCCGUCCCAGUGGUGCUUCUAAUGGAGAAAGUGGAGGUGGAUUGGAAAAAAUGGGGAGAGCUCUUCCUCUGCCUGAUGUCGUUAAUCGACGGGGCUUUUCUCAUCAUAAUGUCUCAAACGGGUAGUAUCUACGUUAUGUAUGUUUGCUAUAUUUUCUACAGAGUCAUCUACCAAGCAAUGAUUACAGUCGCACAGUUUAAUUUGGCAUCGCGUUUGAGAACGUCUUCUUUUGGAUUGGUGUUUGGUCUGAACACUUUCGUGGCCCUCGUGAUGCAAUCGAUUUUAACAGCUGUAGUAGCUGAUGAGCAUGGGCUUGCAUUAGCGAUUCGACCACAAUUUGUCGUGUAUUCUUGUUUUCACGGUGUCAUCGCCUUGAUUUUCUCGGGUCCGAUCUUUUGGAGAGUGAUCAAAUGGAUACGAGGGUUCUCGAAGAAA